CAGCAAAAGAGGAUCAGUUAUCGCUCUCCCGCCAUAACAACCUUCAGCUUGGAAUAAUAUCUCGUCAACGAACCAACUCCGGUCAUCACGAGUGCGCAUUCGCGAAACAUUACGGAAAAUUAGAUCAACAAUCGAGCAUUAUCAUUGCGCGCGGUCUCGACCAUUGUUUGUGACGAACCCCUUUCCUUGGAGAGAACACUGGACCUUUUCUAUCCCCACUUACUUUCCGGCCAUGAACCAAGAGGCAACCAGGAAAAACGACGAACUUCAGCGGCGCAGAUGGGCUCUCGGCAAAAUACAUGCAUUCAAACAAGCACUUGUCGAAAAUCAACAUAACCCUUCGCCAGGCUACGCGCUCAACAAGGAGCCUGGGUACGCAAAGGUGGGAUGCCUGUUUCCCGUGGACCGGUUCAAUGAUGAGCUUCUGCGGUCUGUGAGGGAGCAAUUGCCGAGUGUCUUUGAGGAGGCAUUACUCUGUUAUCUUGAAGCCUGGGAAGAGUGGGUCAAACAGAUGAUGGUUCAUUGCGCGCAAUACUUGGACUACCGGCUUGCUCGGCUGAAGCAGCGCCAGGAGAUGGUGGAAGCGAUAAAGGGAGAUGACCGAGCCCCUGGGCCUGAAACCGAUGGCGAAGGAGACGAGAUAGCAGAAGGAUAUGGGAAAGUAUAG